AGGUGUUUACAUGACUAUUGCCAUACUCGGCCUUCACCCAUAAUCAGUUUUAACAUCAAAUAGUUAAGUGUGAAUGUAAACGUGGUUGGUGAUCGAUUGACCGACAACCAAUUAGAAUGUCGUUGAGGAAACAUUGUGUCGAGUGGGCGGGGAGAGAACGACAGACGGACUGCUUUCACAAACUCUGACACUUUCUCUCACAGUCGCCCUAGUAAGGAUUAACCUACUUUCACUCUUCUGACCCUCGACAUGUCAAACAACAACGCCAGCAGCAACUUGGUCGUCGCUCAGAGAGUAGUGAAACAGCUGCGGUUGGAGGCCAGUGUCCGUAGGAUCAAGGUGUCUCAGGCUGCAGUGGACCUGAAGAACUACUGUCUGCAGAACGCUCACCAGGACCCUCUCCUGAUGGGGGUCCCCUCCAGUGACAACCCCUUCAGACCCCCCAAGUCCUGCAGCCUGUUCUGAGCAGUCAGUGUAUGGAGGAGGACUUGUUGCUGUAUGUCCUAUGAGGGACCCUUCCUCUUCUCUCUCUACUGCUGGUCCAUUUGUGUGUUGCAGCUAUCCCAAUGUUAACCUCUAGCCUGAUCCCAGAUCUGGCAUGCCAAGGCUCGACAAUGACCAAAGAUAUUGGCAAGACCGCACAAACAGAUCUGGGACCAGGCUAGACAGUCCAUGUAUUAAGAUAAAGCCUAGUAGUGCCAUUAUACAUGUAUGUUCAGGAUGUUGAUGUGAUAUCCUAUUUGUUAUGAUGAUCAUGAUGAUGACAUUGUAUUAGUGUUGUAACUUCCUGAAAAUUCCCCAGUUUUCCAGAAAUUCCUGUUGUAAGAUUCCUGGAAUCGGGAGGGAAUAAGCAGAAAACCCAGGAAUCUUCUACUGGAAUUUCUGGAAAAAUCUGUCAAGUUUUAGAAAGUUACUGUAGUUCUCCAACCCUACAUUGUAUCUAUGCACUGUACUUUCCACCAGUAUAUCAGCCUCUGACAGGCAGGCAGCCAGUGAAUGUGCCUAUGAGGUUGUCUCCCAAAUAGCACCCUAUUCCCUAUAUAGUGCACUACUUUAGACCAGAGCCCUAUAGUGCAGUAUAUAGAGAAUAGGGUGUUAUUUAGGAUGUAACUUGUGUCCGAUGACAUGUACAGCACAAUAAGGAAGUGACCAACCGUUGAAUGUUUUAACCAGGGUACGUAUUGAUGUUUAGCCUACAGUUCUAGCCGAUUGGCCUACAUGCUGUCUUGUCACCUUCUAUUGCUUGUGUUCCAUGUGCAGUAUACUUCCUGGUACAAACUACCACAUGGUACAGGUUGACAUUCUCAACCCAGGGAUCCAGAACCAUAGAAUUAGAAUCUAGAAUUCAUGCGGAACACUAACCACAUCUCCCCAGUUGUACUCUAUACAAGAGACUGGCAGUUACAUGUUUCUUUUAAACUUUCGUCAACCUAUUUUAUUUAAGAUUUUAUGAAAUAAUCAGGCUUUUUAUCGAAGGGUUCGUUCAUUCGGUUGUGAUGAUACUGAUGUGAUCUUAAAUGUUACAUUGUUGUGCCCUCCUGUACCUUUUUUUUAGGAAGACACUCCUGUCCUUGGCCUUUUUCCCUGGAAAUACUCAUGUCCUUCUCACGUUUUCCACUAGCCUACAUUCAGUCACAGAUAACACUAUAGCAUGGUUUUCCACUAGCCUACAUUCAGUCACAGAUAACACUAUAGCAUGGUUUUCCACUAGCCUACAUUCAGUCACAGAUAACACUAUAGCAUGGUUUUCCACUAGCCUACAUUCAGUCACAGAUAACACUAUAGCAUGGUUUUACACUAGCCUACAUUCAGUCACAGAUAACACUAUAGCAUGGUUUUCCACUAGCCUACAUUCAGUCACAGAUAACACUAUAGCAUGGUUUUCCACUAGCCUACAUUCAGUCACAGAUAACACUAUAGCAUGGUUUUCCACUAGCCUACAUUCAGUCACAGAUAACACUAUAGCAUGGUUUUCCACUAGCCUACAUUCAGUCACAGAUAACACUAUAGCAUGGUUUUACACUAGCCUACAUUCAGUCACAGAUAACACUAUAGCAUGGUUUUCCACUAGCCUACAUUCAGUCACAGAUAACACUAUAGCAUGGUUUUCCACUAGCCUACAUUCAGUCACAGAUAACACUAUAGCAUGGUUUUCCACUAGCCUACAUUCAGUCACAGAUAACACUAUAGCAUGGUUUUCCACUAGCCUACAUUCAGUCACAGAUAACACUAUAGCAUGGUUUUCCACUAGCCUACAUUCAGUCACAGAUAACACUAUAGCAUGGUUUUCCACUAGCCUACAUUCAGUCACAGAUAACACUAUAGGAAAUGGGAACGUAUUUAACUAAGACAAACACUCAUUUCCAUAUGCCACAGCUGGUGCUUCAGCUUGUUUCAGGUUACUGAUUAGCCACAUCACCAUGACUGCCAUUUUUAUGAUUCCAUCAGCCUACAUCGCAGUUUGUUUUUAUCGUUGAACUGUGAGCGUGGAACUGUCUAGCCUCGCUACCGGCCUUGAAUGAGGAGUUUUAAUUUGAUACCUGGUAUACUGUCGAUCCUCUGUGCCUGAGCUUUGUAGCUGUGUUAUACUGUCCAUCCUCUGUGCCUUAACUUUGAAACUGUGUUAUACUGUCGAUCCUCUGUGCCUUAACUUUGUAACUGUGUUAUACUGUCGAUCCUCUGUGCCUGAACUUUGUAACUGUUUCCAACCUAGUAAAUCACAUUUACCACUA